CCCUCCCUUCUACUUGGUUUUGUCUCAGCUCUGGGUCAAUGAGAGGGAAGACACUGAAGCUAUUCCUAAAUUGAACCUCAGAGUUUCCUCUAAAAUACUGAGGAUUGUUUCUACACUGCAGUCACCUUUAUUGUCCCCGUGCCAAUGUCUUACUACAAUAUCUUCCCAUGUCCCAUAAACUAUGGUUCUCUCCUUGCACACAAACCUUUAGCUCCUUGAUUAACAAAUUUGAGCAUGAUACUCCAUAGAGGGGAAAAAAAUAUUGCUGCCUCUCAGCAGAAGGGAGGCAGAGAGAAAUAGUUUCAAAAACUGUCUUAACAUUUGUGUCUGAUAUUUCUCCUUCUGUCAUCAAUGAUGGCUGUACCGCUGGAUCAACUCAGGACAACCAGAAUGUAAGGAAGCCUGACAAACAAGCUUUGUAGGCUGGUAGAUUGGUGUGGUAAAAUGCUAGCUUACCCCAAACCAGGCAGAUGUCCUGCUGAGUUUUGAAAAAGCCAGCACUUCCAAGUAAUUGUGCAGUGCCUCAUCCCACAAAUUCCCACCACAGCUGCACCAAGUUCUUUUUACCAGGAGAAAACUAUGACAGAACGGAGGCAGAGGAGAAUGGUGGAGCAUGGUGGGAGUUUGCCUAUACCAGCCUGAAACUGCCAGCAGGCACCAGUCUAUUCUCACCCCUUGCAGUCACAGAAUGCACUGGCCAACAGAAUGGUCAGGGAUACACAGCAGAUUUUAUGCACUUUGGAAUUGUCUUGGCUUGUUUCAGUAACGUCAGAAUAGUGUGGGUUAAGGCUGCCUCUGGGAUGGGUUGAGGGUGAGAUGAAGGCCAUAUUGUCAGUAGAAUUGGAAGGGAGAUUGAAUACAGGAAUUCUAAAGCAAACAAUCAAGCAUUUUUUGCUGUGAUUAGAUACAAGUAAGGAAAGGCCUAUGGGUUUGUUGUCUGAGAGUUUCCCUGUCUAUGUCAUUCAUUAAAUAAAGUAAUGUAGAAUAGUUGACUCACAGUAAUGCCCAAUUCUGUUUUGUUGGAUUGUAAUAAUCGCAAUAAAGCACCCAAUUCUAUCCUCAUAUUAUUUUAUAUCUCUUCUAGUUGCUGUCGGAACAGUGUUACCUUAAGAAAAAAAAAGAGUGCUAUGAGGAAAUGAAGUAAAAAAGCCAAACACUGCCAAACCAGAUUCAGUAUUAUCAUUGCACCUGUUUUUCUGCACUGUCAAAUGCUCUUUAAAAACACUGCCAUUUCCUGGAUUUCCUCAUUAAAGCAACUUGCAGUUUUGACAGUGAAAGGGAAUAUUUCUCAUAAGAAAAAACAUGGGUAUUUCCUUAUGACUCAUAGUAAUGGGGUGCAAUUAAGAGUCUUAUAAAAGGACAGUCGCUCUGUAACUAAUAAUCCAAUUCUCAAUAAAUGUCUCAGUGACUUGAUUGGACAUUGUUGAUCUCCAGCAUGGUAAACAUCCUAUCCUGUUGAACUAACAAUCAAAUAUGGAUCCUACAAAAAGAAGAAGUAUUGGAAAUUACGAUUACAGUGUCUACAAGCAUGGUUUCUUUAUAAAAUCACCACCACUUCAUCUUUUUAAUAAUCAGAGUUCCUGGAAAAAGAGAUAUUUUAUUCUUUCUGAUUCUUCCCAAAAUGGUUACAUCUUGAGCUAUCUUAAAGGCCAGCAAAUAAAGGGUCACAUUGAAAUUAACGAGGCUUCAAAAAUAGAAAUCGGCAUAGGUGACUCUGAGAAAAUGUCAACUGUGAAAAAGAUGUUCAAGUGCAAGUCCACGGAAGUGAUGAGUAUCAUUACAGAGAAUAGAAAAUUUUACCUUGUUGGAAGAGAUAGCAAGGAAGUUGAGGAAUGGGCCACCUUCCUGUUUGAAUUGUGCUCAGGAAAAAAGAAACAAGAACCCAGAAGUCGGUCAAAAUCUGUCCCAGCCUGUCUUGAUGAAUUGGGUGCUGCCUCUAUCACCACGAAGGAUCAGUGUCCUGGCACUACAUAUGAAGAUGUAGCAGCAUCAGUUUACAAAAAAAGGCCAAGUUCAGACCCUAGUCCUCAAGAAACCCAUGAAGAACUUCCUAUUUAUGAAUCACCAAGAAAACUCCUACGACGCCUGAGAAAACUGACAAAUAUUCCUGUUGAAGAACAUUUAGAAGAAAAAGACAAAGAAGAGGAAUAUUAUGCUUCUCCAAGAAGUCUUUUAGCUCAGCUGGAUGAGGUGAUUGAUGGAUUCAACACUCUGGGAGAAUCUAGUGCCUCAGACAAUGAAAACCUCAGUAGCAAUAAAGAAUACAUGUCCAUGAAAGAUUUGGUUCCAGAAGCGGUGGAAGAGAAAAUUAAGCCAAUAGAUACAAAUAAUGAAUUGAUGGCCCUUCCCCAAAAUCGGGUGGAUGUACAAGUGGCAGAGGAGUAUCAACACAAACCAAAGACAUUACCAAGAAUAUUCAAAGAGGAAAAAACACCCAAACUGUUCUUUUUAUCAGUGGUUCAGUUGUCCAUAAUUCUCAGUGAAACCACAGAUGAUAACCAAUUGGAGCAGGUGGAUAUUCUCCUUCCCCAGAAUAAUCUUAUUCACUACCUGACACUUGUAAAAGCUUCUGGAUGUAUAUGCAUCUCUCAGUGGAAAGACCCAUAUCAUUUAGGAUGCAUAUUUCAUCAAGGGGAUUGUAUAGUGGCUGUGAAUGAUUUGCAAAUCAAAGACAUGGAUGAAAUUUCUUUGUUCAUAAGUAGAUCCACAAGAAAGGAGGUAAAACUGACAAUAAAUCGACUCCCAGAUUCAGAAAUUUUGCAUGCUCCUGGAUGCAACUGUCCAUAAUGGCAUAAAAGAACAGUCAUAGUAACAAGAAGAUAACUGUAUGAAGAUUUUCAUGGAAUAGAAAAAUAGACACAGAACAAACAAGUUUGGGAAGAUAAGGUUUUGCUCUGUAUCUAAUGAUACAGAUAUGUGGCUUCCGAAAGCACCAUUUA